GCGGCGGCGGCGGCGGCGGAGGCGGCGGCGGUAGUCGGAGGCGCGGCGGGCGCUGCCGCCGGUGCGGGCAGAGCUGCGCGCCGCGGCCGCGCGAGUGGCGGCCGGGGCUGCCCCGUCCCUGCCCGCCGCUCCCUUCAUGAGUCGCAAGUUCGGGCCGGGAGGAGCAGCGGCGGCGGCAGCGGGGCGGCGGGAGCCCGGCUGGGCAGGCGGCACCGACUGAGCAUGGCCGAGCGGCGCGGGCCGGCGGCGAGCGGCGGCGAGGAAGUUGGCGGCGGGCGGCGGGCGGGCGGCGGCCGGUGCCCGCGGCUGCCGCCGUCGCCGCCGCUGCCGCUGCUGCUGCUGCUGUGGGCGGCGGCGCUGCCGGCCGGGGGCCAGCCGCCGGCGCCGCAGUACAACGGCGAGCGGGGCAUCUCCAUCCCGGACCACGGCUACUGCCAGCCCAUCUCCAUCCCGCUCUGCACCGACAUCGCCUACAACCAGACCAUCAUGCCCAACCUGCUGGGCCACACCAACCAGGAGGACGCGGGGCUGGAGGUGCACCAGUUCUACCCGCUGGUGAAGGUGCAGUGCUCGGCCGAGCUCAAGUUCUUCCUCUGCUCCAUGUACGCCCCGGUGUGCACCGUGCUGGAGCAGGCCCUGCCGCCCUGCCGCUCCCUCUGCGAGCGGGCCCGCCAGGGCUGCGAGGCCCUCAUGAACAAGUUCGGCUUCCAGUGGCCCGACACGCUGCGCUGCGAGAAGUUCCCGGUGCACGGGGCCGGCGAGCUCUGCGUGGGGCAAAACGCCUCCGAGCGCGGCACCCCCACGCCCGCCCUGCGCCCCGAGAGCUGGACCAGCAACCCCCACCGCGGGGGCACCGGCGGCGGCCCCGGGGGCUCGGGGCCUGGCGAGCCCCGCGGGCGCUUCUCCUGCCCGCGGGCGCUGAAGGUGCCCUCCUACCUGAACUACCGCUUCCUGGGGGAGAAGGACUGCGGGGCGCCCUGUGAGCCCGGCCGCCUCUACGGGCUCAUGUACUUCGGGCCCGAGGAGCUGCGCUUCUCCCGCACCUGGAUCGGCAUCUGGUCGGUGCUCUGCUGCGCCUCCACCCUCUUCACCGUCCUCACCUACCUGGUGGACAUGAAGCGGUUCAGCUACCCCGAGCGGCCCAUCAUCUUCCUCUCAGGCUGCUACACGGCGGUCGCCGUGGCCUACAUCGCCGGCUUCCUCCUGGAGGAGAGAGUGGUCUGCAACGAGCGCUUCGCCGAGGACGGCUCCCGCACUGUGGCGCAGGGCACGAAGCGGGAGGGCUGCACCAUCCUCUUCAUGAUGCUCUACUUCUUCGGCAUGGCCAGCUCCAUCUGGUGGGUCAUCCUCUCCCUCACCUGGUUCCUUGCUGCCGGCAUGAAGUGGGGCCACGAGGCCAUCGAGGCCAACUCCCAGUACUUCCACCUGGCCGCCUGGGCUGUGCCGGCCAUCAAGACCAUCACCAUCCUGGCCCUGGGGCAGGUGGACGGGGACGUCCUCAGCGGCGUCUGCUUUGUGGGCAUCAACAACGUGGACGCUCUGCGGGGCUUCGUGCUGGCCCCCUUGUUCGUCUACCUGUUCAUCGGCACCUCCUUCCUGCUGGCCGGCUUCGUGUCCCUCUUCAGGAUCCGGACCAUCAUGAAGCACGAUGGCACCAAGACAGAAAAGCUGGAGAAGCUCAUGGUGAGGAUAGGCAUCUUCAGCGUCCUCUACACGGUGCCGGCCACCAUUGUCAUUGCCUGCUAUUUUUACGAGCAAGCUUUUAGGGAACAGUGGGAGAGGAGCUGGGUCACGCAGAGCUGUAAGAGCUACGCCAUCCCCUGCCCCAACAACCACAGCAGCCACCACCCGCCCAUGAGCCCCGACUUCACCGUCUUCAUGAUCAAGUAUCUCAUGACCUUAAUCGUGGGCAUCACCUCGGGCUUCUGGAUCUGGUCUGGGAAAACCCUGAACUCCUGGAGGAAGUUUUACACCAGGCUCACCAACAGCAAGCAGGGCGAGACCACGGUCUGAAACCCCUGCCCGCCGGGCCAGGGGGAUGGCAGGCGGCCGAAGGACCGGGGCUCUGCCUUGGGAAGCAGCUCCUUAUCCAGCCUGGGCAAACUUUGGGGACUGCAAGUCGCUUCCGCAGGCGGCGGGGAGCGGAGGACGAGCCAGGUGGGGACCCCUGCGCCUGGGACCGCCCGGCUCUGCCCUCCCUGCUCUCCCCGCUCCUCUCGGGCUGUCUCCUGUAGGAACUGAACGCACUGUCAGGUUGGGGGAGAGGGAUGUAAAUAGCCUCUGUAAGAUUUUGUUUUGUAAUGGCUUUGCUUGGAGUUUCAGUUGCAUGAGCAGCAGGGCCCGGAGUGAGGCUGCUGCCACUGCCGGGGGCGCCUCCUGACGCGGGCUGGGCCCCGGUCCCCGGUCCCGGCCUGCCAGAGGUAUGUGGCGGUGGAGGUGAGGUGGGCUUGGGGAGGAGCGCCGCUUCCCGCCUCGGCCCCGGCCCCGUGUGGGGGAGGACGGACCCCUGCCUGGCCCCGUACCGGAGAGGACAGACAGCCGCCCGGCCGCGGCGCAGGGACGGCGCUUCACCUCGCCUCGGCCGGCCGCUGCGGAGCCGAGCCCCGCGGAGCCAGGCGGGACCCGCCAGACCCUUUUGCGGGGGGUAGAAAAACAUCCAGCCCUGGCCGUAGGUGUGCCUGGCCUUUCUCUGGAGGGAGAGCCUCUCCGCAGUGCCCGGGGCUAGGGGGAUUGGCUGCCGGCUGCCCUCUUCCAAUUUUAUAAGGUUUAUUUAAAUGCACCACGUAGUUCAAGAGGAGUCGGCCUGUUUUGUUGUAGGACUUGAGGUUUAACACCGUCUGCACCUGUAGCACGUCCGAUGGCUUAUGAGGUGGAUGCGGACAUAGAUACACCAAACUUCCCUCUUGUGUUUUGUUUUUUUAAGCCCACUUUUCCCGUCGUAAGGUCUGAGCGGGGGCCGGCGGCGGCGCCCCCCGAGGUCACCCUGCGGGUGCUCCCGCCGCCGCCUGCCCCGGUCCCCUCCCUGCCGGGCUGCUGUUGGCUGGGGUUAGCAGGAUCAGGAAAUACGGGCUCGGUGAAAGGAGCUUCAUCGGAAUAAAAUGCAGCAUUCAGAUUUUUUUUUUUUUUUCCUCCUUAAUUAUAUCCAUACGCUGGCUCUUCAUUUGGGAAACAUUGGAGUCAUUGCCAUUCCCCUGAAUUUUAAUUCAUUGACAUUUAAUUCAUGACACAUUAUGAGGGUGUGAUGAUUUUUGCCAGUGGUAAAAACAAAGGAACAGAAAACAGAAAACCAGAAUGUUUAAGCACUCUGGUGGGAUGUGAGACCUUAAAGAGCCUCUGCUGUCUUUUUUCCCUUCUUUUUUUUCGGUACAGUAAUAACAUUGCAUACUGCAAAGAUAAGAUACCAUGUGUGCAGUAUAUCUGCUAUCUUGUAUGCUCCUGGGUGUGUGGGAUUGUGCUUCUUAAUACAAAAAAAAAAAAGGGUUAAAAAUGAAAUUGUAAUUUUCAACAGAUGCAUUUGAAUAUUUAGUCCUCUGUAUGAAAAACAGCAGAAUGCUUCUCUCCUGAUUGUAUUGUUUUAAACUUUUUUUAUAUUACAAAUGCCUGUAUUUAGGUUCAUAAACAUUAUCUAUGGCUACCAUACCCUGAAAUGCAAAAUUAUUUGAAUUUGGUAUGCAUUUAUUUCUGUUCAUUAUCACAAGAUCAUCUAUAUUUAUAGAGGAAUAGAAAUUUAUAUAUAUUAAAUACCAUAUUUUUAAUUUCUCUGAAAUAAAUUGAGGUUUUGUACAAAACUAUCUUGUCCCUUUAUGUAUU